AGCAUCUGACCAAAAUUAAAAGUUGUUCAUUUCCAUUCCGUCGCCUCCCAUUUUUUCUGAAUAUUUUUAUCCGAACCUGCCUCCAUCGUCUUCUCUCUAAUAAAGUGCUGCCAUGGUGCUUCCGCUCCUCCGGCACGCAGCGAUCGCACGCACGUCUUCACGCUCCUGCCUCCGGCUUCCACACUCGAAAACCAUGGUGUUAAAGUGUCCGUCAAUGACAUAGUUAUUAAAGCAGUGGCAGUCGCACUGAGGAAUGUACGACAAGCUAAUGCUUUCUGGGAUGCUGAGAAAGGAGAAAUUGUUAUGUUGGAGGGAUGUUGACAUAUCAAUUGCAGUUGCAACUGAGAAGGGCUUAAUGACUCCAAUUAUCAGGAACGCUGACCAAAAAUCUAUUAGAGGAAUACACUUGUUUCUUACCGUAUGUCAUGUGCUGCUUUUCUUAAUUGUUUUGUGGAGCAGGUAAAGGAGCUGGCACAAAAGGCACGAUCUGGAAAGCUUGCUCCCCAUGAGUUUCAGGGAGGGACAUUCAGCAUUUCAAAUCUCGGAAUGUAUCCUGUGGACCAGUUCUGCGCAAUCAUUAACCCCCCUCAGGCUGGAAUUCUAGCAGUUGGUAGAGGGAAUAAAGUUGUUGAGGCACUUAUUGGAGCAGAUGGAGUUGAGAAGCCUUCGGUUGUAACGAAAAUGAACGUGACGCUAUCCGCUGAUCAUCGAAUCUUUGAUGGACAAGUUGGAGCUUCGUUUCUGGCUGAAUCGCGUUCAAACUUUGAAGAUGUUCGAAGACUUCUUCUUUGAGAAAAGAUUCAACUGUUGAUCAGAUAGAAUCUUGGGGGAUUACUACUACAUAAUAAACCUUGGACACACGUGCAUAUCCAGAACCCAUUGCAUAUCCAGAACCCAUACCUGUUGGUUCGACAGGAUAAGCUCUGAAUCACAUGUUCCUCUUUUUUUCUUUCCAUUUGGCUAGCUACCAACUAACAAAAAUAUUGGUUUUGGUUUACAAUUCUUCUCAUAGAUUCGUAUCUUCCUGAAUCCUGAGGUAUUUUUGUUUGCCAGUCCUCUGAAAAAUAAAUAAUUUCUUUAGCA